AUGGCUGCCUUUGUGAGGGUCUCGGGCCCGCCCAACAGCAACUUCCUUGUUGGCUACCCGGGCAUCUCUGCAACUCUGCCUCGCAUCGAAGGCAAGGUCGAAAUUCGUCCGUCACAAGGCUUCUCUAUGCCCGUGGCCGUGUCGCUCGUGCGAAUAUGCCUGCAGCGCCGCGAGACCAUUCAUCCCGCUGCCGACAACAUGGCCAAGAAGCACCUUGGCACCCCCCGCCGCGACACCACCGACGUCGUCGGCAAAGAACUCCUCCUUUUCCGAUGUCCGCCGGGAAAAGAGUCCGAAAACGUCAUCGCCAUGGACUUGCCCUUUGUCCUCUUCAUCCCAUUCGGCCGCGGCGGCGAAGAAUCGAACCGUCGCAUACCACCCGCCUCAUUACAACUGCCGAGCCGCAUCGCCGAAACCUACUACGAGCUCGUGGUCACGGUCCAGCAAGGAGCCAGCAUGCAGAACAAAUACGCCUUCCCCAUCCCACUGCAGCGCUAUGACACGCUGUCGACGUUCGGCAUGUACAACAAGCAGGAGAACCGCGUCGUGGCUGCCGACAACAUCGUGACGCUGGCCAUCUCCCUGCCGCGGUGGAGCUACGGUCCGCUCGACCCCAUUACCGUAUACAUCAAGCUGGCACCGAACCCAGACUGGCUCAGCAAAGCCAAGCGCGUGACCAUCCAGAAGAUUACACUGGGCAUCGAAGAGGAGAUCACGUUCAACCCGGAAGGUGACGAGCCGACCAAAAAGAUCAACAAGAUUGCCAAGCACACACAAAACGUGCAAUUAAAAAUGCCCGAGGCCGGCUACGUCACGAACCUCGGACUCGUCUUCCCGGCACGCGACCUGCGCGACAGCGACGGCAUCAUCCGCCGGGGGAAGCCGGCCUUUCCCAUGUACGAGGUGACAUCCUUUACAACCACGUCCACUCUUUACAAAGUCGAGUACUUUUUGGCAAUAAAGGCCCAAAUGAGCUCGGCACGCGACAUCACCCUGCGGUUACCCAUCGUCAUCUGCCCUCUCGAUCACCAAGCCUGUAAGGAGGAAAUGGAUGCCAUCGAGCAGGCCGCGAAGGACGCCUCUCAGGUCGACCCCAACAACCCUAUGCUCCCCGCCCGGACCAUUGUCCUCGCCAACGACCGCGACUCGCUCCGUCAUCUCGGCCUGUGCAUGGUGGCCGGCCAGAAGAAGCCACUGAUCGAGUGA